AUGGCCUCUGAUGACGAUUCGCAGGCUCUGGACACCCACCAUGACGAAAAGGAUUGGGAAUCGCAGAAGGAAAACUUCCGCAUCUGUUACAUUGACAACGGCAUGACUCGCAAAGAAGCCGCCGAGUACAUGAAAGAACACUUCAACUUCAGCGCCACCCCCCGCCAAUGGGAGCGCAAAAUCAAGCAGUGGGGGUUUUCAAAGUACACGAAUCGAGAGGAAAGACUUCAUCAGAUUGCGCAAACCGGCAAAACAGUCCUCGACGUCAGUCGUCCCGGCCGAAGACCUCGUUCUCAUGUGGACGAGCAUGGUAAUCUUCAACCCCAUGAGGAUCGCAAUCUCCGUCGCUUCGCCCGUCGCGAACUCAGUCGUUCGAGAUCGAGGUCACGGUCUGCUUCAUUCACCGACAUGCCGCGCCCACAGUUCAAACAAGAAUUCUCGGAUCCCUCCGCAGAUGCGUCAAUGGAUUCCCCAUUUGACUUCAACCAGCUCGACUCGGAAAUGCGACGGAGCUCCAGUAAUGACGGAUUCCAUCUGCCUCCAACGCAAGCCGGCAGUCGCCCGUUACAGACGUUUCAGCCGCAAAUCUUUCAGGAGCACGAAUCCGGCGCGUACGGGACAAGCGUCAACCCAAGCCUUCCUCUGUCUCUCGGUCAAAAUCAGUGGGGUCAGACACAAGCUGAUGAAACACAGCAAUUCAACGCUGCCUCUGCUCAAAAUCAAUACGCAGUCUUUCCGAACGAUCCGACAUCAUCACAUGUCCCACAAGCAAGCGGCGUCCCAAAUGGUAAUCAACGCUUCUCGGUGGAUGCAAACGACCCGUCCUUUGGUUUCCCCAUUGCCGACCCCUCGAUGUCGUCAUUACCAGCAGACUUCAACCAGUUCGUUAUGGCGGGUGCAAAUAUGGGCAUGACUCCAGGAAUGUUGCCAGAGGACAUCAUGACAGAGCAGUCUAUGUUCGGCAACACUAUACCACUACCGCUUGGCUCCGAGACGUUAAACCAGGCAGGCUUCGAGAACAACCCCGGGAUCAAAUUUGCUGUUGUGGAUGUCGACUCAACGCCUUUGCUUCCUGCUACUACUGGUGCUGCUGCUUUACACCCUUCGAUGGGCAUGGACGUUAUGUUUCCAGAGCCGGGCUUAGGGAAUGAUGGGCCUCUCCAAAACGAUGUGUUGCCGCUGGUUGAAGAGUACACGCGGGCAGUUCAAGCUGCUGCCCUUGGAUUUGUAAACAGAUCUUCACACGCCAAUGGUAUUGCCGGCGACCUGGCUGCGGAUCUUGUUCAACCAAGCAGGGCAUUCAUGGCUAGCAUGGCCGUCAUCCUUGACAACUUUGCUAAAUCACAGCAGAGGUCUCUCCAGAGCAUUAAGGACACCUGCAGGAACCUCCGACAAAAGAAUACGCGACUGAUGCAGAUCCUCAACAGCAACAAUGAUAUGCAACCAAUUCCUUCUAUAGAGCCUCAUCAGAACCGAGCAUCUAUACCUCCACAAGCAGCGGUGUAUGGCAAUAUGUAUACACAGAACUUUUGA